GGAAGGCCCUGGCCCGCGCGUGCGCCGGAAGGCCUAGCUGGGCCGGGGUGGUUGCCACGACGUCGACGAAGCCUCCCUCUCCCAUGGCCGGGACUCGCUGGGUGCUGGGCGCGCUGCUCCGCGGCUGCGGCUGUAGCUACAGCACUUGCCGCCACACCGGCGCGGCCUGCCUGCCGCUGCGGCCUUCCUCUUCGUCGUCCUCAUCGCCGGCGCCCUCGCCCCCCGCCGGCGCCCUCGGCCUUUGGGGCCGCCGCCGCCUCCUGCUCUUGCUCGGGGCAGCCACGCAGAGCCGCGGGGUCGCCAGCUCGGCCGGGCCAGUGCCCGGCUUCGGCUCCUCCUGGCGGGGGUCCUUGCUAGCCCCGCCCCUCGCGGGCCGAUGCUACAGCCAGGAUCCCGAGUCGUCUUAUCAAGAGGGCUAUCGCUUUCCCCCCGAAUACGAAAUCACCGCAGAAGAAACAGACGGGGAGAAGGAAGUGCAUCUGAUUCGGGCCCAAGGCCUGCCGUAUGACUGCACUGAGGAAGAUGUUCUCAACUUUUUUUCAGGGAGCAAGAUCCGAAACGGCCUGGAAGGGAUCCAUUUCCUCCUGUACCGAGACGGCAAGCGUAGAGGAGAUGCGAUCGUUGAACUUGAGUCGGAACAGGAUGUGAUGAACGCCUUGAACAAACACCGGAAGUACCUGGGCCAGCGCUACGUGGAAGUUUUCGAAAUACAUAAUAAGGAUGUUGAUACCCUAAUGAGGAGCCUGAAAUUCCGUUCGGCGCCGGUAAACAAUGAUGGGGUGGUACGACUACGUGGUCUGCCCUACCGUUGCACGGAAGUAGAUAUAACGGAGUUCUUUUCAGGUUUGACCAUACAGGACAUCGUAUUUGUCUUUGACUACGACGGAAGGAGGAAAACAGGAGAGGCUUUUGUACAGUUUGCCACACCGGAAAUGGCUAAUAAAGCUUUGUUGAAGCAUAAGGAAGAAAUUGGAAACCGCUAUAUAGAGAUAGUCCCGAGUCAGAAAAGUGCAAUUCGAACACACAAUGACUUUUUCCGAUAUAAGAAGAUGAUGACGUCUACGGUUCCAAAAUCGGGUUCCGAAAACAUUUUUGAGGAAAGCAAGUUGAACGAGGUCUCGAAGGCCAGCCCGGCCUACGAAAAUGAAAAGAAAAACGAGGUUUAUAAGCAAGUAUUUGAAAAGCCUCAGGAGGUGGCUGAAUUGGGAAGCUUCUCGGCCCCUUACUUUGUCCACCUGAGAGGAAUGCCUUUUCAAGCAACGGCGCAAGAUAUCAUACAGUUUUUUGCUCCCUUAAAGCCCGUGAGGAUCACAAUGGAAUAUAAUUCAUGUGGCCAGGCGACCGGAGAAGCAGACAUACACUUUGAAACACACACAGACGCAGUUGCCGCCAUGGCCAAGAACAACUUCAAAGUCCAGCAUAGUUAUAUUGAAUUAUUCCUGAAUUCAUCACCAAGCAGAAAAUAGAGCAAUCUACUGUAGUGGUAUAAUUCCCAAAGUUUAGAGAAGCUAAGAUGCUUUUCAUCUGCACGUUCCUAGAGCUGGACUAUUAUUCCCGUCACCCCCUCCUGAAUUGCCUUUCCAAGAAAAUCCAGCGGCUAUGUCUGAAACCCUUCCGAAACGGUUGUGCGGGCUCUGUUUUACGUAAACCAACAUUAAAGUUGAACUGUACUUAAA